AUGGCGGAAAAGAUUGAGAAGGCACAAAAAGAUUUCGUGCUCAAGGCAACAACCGCACAAAUCGAGGAGCGGAAGGCAAGAGACGAGCAGGCUGCAGCAGAAGCUAAAGUAGAGGAGGAGAAAAGGCGAGCCAUAGCCGAAUUCAAUGCUGACCAACGAAGAAUAGCCAAGGCAGCGGCAGAAGCGACGAAAAAAGCUGCUGGAGAGAGCGCAGCUCGGGAGAGGAAGGUGGAGUAUGAGAGGAAGGUGGAGUAUGAGAGGAAGGUGGAGUAUGAGAGGAAGGUGGAGUAUGAGAGGAAGGUGGAGUAUGAGAGGAAGGUGAAGGACGAGAGGAAGGCCGAGUUGGUUCAAGGGGUUGAGAUGGCGAAAUGGCAGCUGGAGUCUGAGCGAAAGAGGGAAGAUGAGUUAAAAGCAAGGGAGAAGCAAACGGAGGCUGAGUUGAGAUGGAAACACAUCAUGAUUCCAUGGCCGUCAUGGAUGUGA